AUGCUGGUCACAACUUCCUCCGUGGAGGGAAAGAAAUCCCCCGACACGGAGUUUCUUUUGACCACCAUCAAUCAGACCCAAGACUCAGGAGGCCUCAGCAUCGAGCAGUGCAAGUCUUAUUUUGACAAGCUCCACGUCGCUGAGGAGAAAACCAAACUCGCCGAGCUCAUGCAAAAGUCGGACCGAUGCCUUCGGGUGAAUGUCGAGAUGCAGAACAUCAAAGCAGCCAUCAAGUCCCUCAUGUCAGACAUCAAGAACGACAAGCCGUCUCACGAGACUACCGGCGCCGCCGAAAAUCUUGUCGACUACGUAAAGGCUGCAGCAAAAGCUACCUCAGUCGACCAUCUCCAAGCCGUUUCGAGCAAGACCACCACGGUGAAUGACGUCAAGCAAAUCCUCCCGCCCGAUAUGAGUCUCGACGACAUAACCUCGGCGGAAAACUACAUUGGACCCGUCUUUGCAUCGAUCCUCGAAGAUCUCAGCAAUGCGAAGAUUGAACUCACCCAGUUGCAUCACAGCAGGGUCGAGGCAGAGAAUGAUUGGAUUGCGCUCAACGACAGGGUCAAGGCCAAGUCCGCUCAGAUGCUUGAAGCCAAGAAAGCGGAGAUGACGAAGCUUCACCGCAUCAUCGCCAAGAAGAAGCGCGAGGUCAGAGACUUGAAGGCUCAGUUUCUUGAAGACAACGAUGCAACCACAAUGGCAUUGUCAGGAAUCAUAACCAUGAAGGACAGCGAGAUCAACCGUCUGGAGGCUCAGCUGAGAGAUGCGGUUUCCAGCAGCCACGAUGAGAUGGAGGCUCUGCGGCAAGAGAAUGAGACUACUAUCAAUGGUAAGAAUCGGCGAAUUUUCCAACUGCUGGAUCAACUCGAGGAGGCCCGCGACAUUGAUUACAGGAAUGGCAUGCAGAUAAACCACCUUUCCAAUGCCCUCGACGAGGCUUACCACAUUGCCGAUCGCAAGGAAAGCCACAUCCUGGCUCUCCGGGAUCGACUACAUGAGGCUGGCGACAUUGAUUACAGGAAAGGUAAGCAGAUACAAUAUCUUUCCGUUGACCUCGACGAGGCUUACCGCACUGUCAAUCGCAAGGACAGCGAAAUCCUGGACCUCCAGGACCAACUCCACGAGGCCCGCGCCAUUUCUCACAACAAACAAACCCAAGUCUGUCGCCUCUGGGACCAACUUGACGAUGCCCAUGCUAUUGCUGCCUACAAGGAUACCCAAAUCUCAAAUCUCCAGGACCAACUCAAUGAGACCCGCAGAGGUCCCGAGGUUCGCACUUAUAGUGCGGAUUGGUCAUAG